AUGGCUCCCAAGGACGAGAAGAAGGCCAAGAAGGCCGCGACCGCGGUCAAGAAGACGCUGGGGAAGAAGGUGCUCAAGCCUCGGCUUUCGGCGUCGUUCUACCGGCCGAAGACGCUCAGCAAGCCCCGGGACCCCAAGUACCCCACGCGGGCGGCGCCGCGGCUCCAGAAGCUGGACGACCACGCGGUGAUCAAGUUCCCGCUGUACAACGAGUCGGCGAUGGCGAAGAUCGAGAAGGACAACACGCUGGUGUUCAUCGUGGACACGCGGGCGAACAAGCCGCGCAUCAAGGCGGCCAUCCAGCGGCUGUACGACAUCCAGGUGAAGAAGGUCAACAGCCUCAUCCGGCCCGACGGCAUGAAGAAGGCCUACGUCAAGCUCACGCCGGACUACGAGGCCCUCGACGUCGCCAACAAGAUCGGCAUCAUCUAA